AACAAGCCGAUAAAUAAAUAAAUUUUGAUUCUUGCCAUGUUGGCUAAUAGAAGCAAAAAGAAGAAGAAGAAGCAAGAAACCAAAAAGAUUUAGUGUUUUGGAAACUGAGUUGUUUUAAAGUAAUAAUUGAUUAAGUUUUCCCUUCGAAUUAAAUACUAUAAUGGCUAACACAAAUACUGAUUUGACAGAAGAGGAUGCGGCAGAUCUGCAAUUUCCCAAAGGGGAGCAGUCCUCUUCCGAAAAAACUCUCGCCACAGAAAUUCUCAAAAAUGACGUUAUCAUACGUUUUUGUUCAAAUUGUUUUAAAGAAUUAAUUUCUAGAUACGUUCUGUGCGAAAUCUGUAAAUUAAAUAUAUGCCUACAAUGUUUUUCAAAAGGGGCAGAAUUUGGUUGUCAUAGGAAUAAUCACAGUUAUCGACUUUUUACUACUAAUAUAAUUCUAUUUGAAAAUUCUGACUGGACAGCAGAAGAAGAAUUAAAGUUGUUGGAUUCGCUUAUCAAUUAUGGUAAUUGGGGCUUAGUAGCACUUGAGUUACCCAACAGAACAAUAAGUGAUAUUAAAGAGCAUUACAAUUACUUUUACUUGGAUAGAAAUAGCCACAAAGACAUGCCAAAAUUUGAAAAAGAGAUUGAUAAUAGGUUGCCAGAAGUUACUGUACCAUAUAGAUUUCGAUUAACAGACUCAGAUGACCCUCCUCGAUAUGCAUCAAAUACUGUUGGAUAUCAAUCACUGGCUGGAUACAACCCAGCAAGAGGUGAUUUUGAAUAUGAAUAUGACAAAAAUGCUGAAGAUUUGUUAUCAAAUAUAGAAUCAAUUAGUGUUGACGAUCCUUAUUACAAAAUUUUAACAGACAUGCAAUGUUCUAUAGUUCAGAGCUACAAUCGACGCUUAAAAGAAAGACAUAGAUGGAAAAAAAUAAUUCAGGAUCAUGGUCUGUUGGUGUUGAGGAAAACUUCUUCUUGGUUACAUAGAUAUGAUUUGUCUAUAACCAAGCCAGUUUAUGAAAAAUUGAUCAGAUUCAUGAGAUUUUAUGAACCAACAAAAUUUGAAAUGCUUCUUGAGGGACUUCAUCGGGUAGGAGAGUUAAAACUCCAAAUUCAUAGAUUAAUCCAACUUAGAAAAAAGGGCAUGACAACUUUGGCAGAGGGAAGGUUAUAUUUGAAAUUGCAACAAAUACACUAUGAAAAUAAGAAAAAGUUAAAAUUGUUUCGUUCUGAUGCAAAUUUUAAUUGGAGGGCUACUCAAGUACCCUCAUUACCAUUGAGAAAUAAAUUUGUUAACAAAAGACGUUCUACUGCAAUUCCAUUGGAGAUAGUGGGCAUGCCUGGCUAUGAAAAGUUAACAGAAGAUGAGAGAGAACUGUGCGCCAACAUAAGAUUAGUACCAGUAUCUUAUUUAGAGUUAAAGGAGGUCCUAGUUGCUGAAAAUAAUAGAAUGGGACACGUCAAACUACAGACCGCUCGCAGAAUGUUAAAAAUUGAUGUCAAUAAGACUAGAAAACUUUAUGAUUUUUUAGUCAAGCAAGGAUAUGUGGGCAAACCAAAUUCCUAAUUUUGCUUGUAUAAUGAAGAAAACUGUAUGCACCAGUUUAAAUCUCGAAUAAAAUUGUUUUUUAUUUUGAAUCUUAGUUUAAUAUAAACCUGUUGUAUAUUCAAGUAAGUAAUGUUUUAAUAUUGAAUAUCAGUGGCGGGAGUGUAUUGUUUCAUUGCUGGCAAUUAUAUGGUAAAUAA